AUGAAAACUGUUUUAAAACUUUCGUUUAAACUUUCUGAGUCAAUCGUCAAGUUCCUUUUCAGGUUCCUUCAGGAACUUCAGGGAGAUGUUCCCAACAAUCUCGGAAAUCUUUCUCGCUUGAUUUCUCUUGAUCUCAAUUCUAUUUCUCUUGUUCAUCGUGUAUUUACCGAGGACUAUGAUUUCAAGCUUAAUGUAAGAAGUUUGUCAUGGCUUUCACGCCUAACUUAUUUGAGAUUCAUGAAUUUGAAUGGCGUAGAUCUUGGUAAAGUCACUGACUGGCUCCAAAUCAUUAGCAACUUACCACAUUUAAGGGUCCUUCACUUGGAUGAUUGCAACCUUCCUGCAUUACCUCCACAAAUACCAUCAUACCAAAAUUCAUCAACUACUCUUUCUGUUAUUAGUCUUCGUCGGAACUAUGUAAUUGAUGAUUCAAUAUUCAAGUGGUUGUUCAACCCUUGCAUAUCUUGA